GGGGCGGGCCGGCGGGCGACCGGGGUCCUCUAGAGAUUAGCACAGGGUGGGCUCACGCUGUGGGCCGCCAUUUCUUGGCGUCGCCUGAGGAGCCGCCCCCUCCUCAGCUUCUCGGAGCCCCCAUCGCCGUCGCGCCGUCGUCCCCUGUCUCAGUGACAAAAAUGCUGAGCUUCCUCCGUAGAACUCUUGGGCGCCGGUCAAUGCGUAAACAUGCUGAGAAGGAACGACUCCGAGAAGCACAGAGAGCUGCCACACACAUCCCUGCAGCUGGAGAUUCUAAGUCCAUCAUCACAUGUCGGGUGUCCCUCCUGGAUGGCACUGAUGUUAGCGUGGACUUGCCGAAAAAAGCCAAAGGACAAGAGCUGUUUGAUCAGAUUAUGUAUCACCUGGACCUUAUUGAAAGUGACUAUUUUGGUUUGAGAUUUAUGGAUUCUGCACAAGUAGCACACUGGUUGGAUGGCACAAAAAGCAUCAAAAAGCAAGUGAAAAUUGGUUCACCAUAUUGUCUGCAUCUUCGAGUUAAGUUUUAUUCCUCAGAACCAAAUAAUCUUCGUGAAGAGCUAACCCGGUAUUUAUUUGUUCUUCAGUUAAAACAAGAUAUUCUCAGUGGAAAAUUAGAAUGUCCUUUUGAUACAGCAGUACAAUUGGCAGCUUAUAAUCUGCAAGCUGAACUCGGUGACUAUGAUCUUGCUGAACACAGUCCUGAACUUGUCUCUGAGUUCAGGUUUGUGCCCAUUCAGACUGAAGAAAUGGAACUGGCUAUUUUUGAGAAAUGGAAAGAAUACAGAGGUCAGACACCAGCACAAGCUGAAACCAAUUAUCUGAAUAAAGCCAAAUGGCUAGAAAUGUAUGGGGUUGACAUGCAUGUGGUCAAGGCUAGAGAUGGGAAUGACUAUAGUUUGGGACUGACCCCAACAGGAGUCCUUGUUUUUGAAGGAGACACCAAGAUUGGCUUAUUUUUUUGGCCCAAGAUAACCAGAAUGGAUUUUAAGAAGAAUAAAAUAACCUUAGUGGUUGUAGAAGAUGAUGAUCAGGGCAAAGAGCAGGAACAUACAUUUGUUUUUAGACUGGAUCAUCCAAAAGCAUGCAAACAUUUAUGGAAAUGUGCUGUGGAACAUCAUGCCUUCUUCCGCCUCCGAGGCCCUGUCCAAAAAAGUUCUCAUCGCUCGGGAUUUAUUCGACUAGGAUCACGUUUUAGAUAUAGUGGGAAAACUGAGUACCAGACCACAAAAACCAGUAAAGCAAGAAGAUCGACGUCCUUUGAAAGAAGGCCUAGCAAACGAUAUUCUCGACGAACAUUGCCUAUGAAAGCAAGUACAGCAAAAUCUGAAGAAUUCAGUGUUCACAAUAAUGUUUCUACCCAGAGUAAUGAUUCCCAACAGACUUGGGGUCUAAGAUCUACUGCGUCUGUGAUUCCUUCCACAUCCUCUGGUCCCGUGCUGGUGGAGAUAGAAAAUCUUCCAAAGAAUUCUGGAACAGAUCAGCAUGACAAGAAAUGCUUGCCUCUGAGUAUUGAUUUGCUAGAUAGCCCAGACUUACUGGAAACAGCCAUUGGUGAUGUAACUAGGGCAUCAGAUACCAUGGAAACAUCCCUAGCACUGGAUGACAUUAACAUAGCCACCAUGCAAACUGGAUUAGAGGAACCUGAAGCUGAAUGUGAGACAUUGAAAGAUGCCUCAGAGAAGCUCAAGCAGUUUGAGAUGGAAAACAGUCCUUUGCUGUCUCCUCAAUCAAACAUUGAUAUUAAUGUCAACAGCCAGAAGGAAGUGGUGAAGUUGACUGAAAAAUGCCUUAAUAAUGCCAUUGAGAGCCCCGGAUUGAAUGCCAUGAGAGUUCCUCCUGACUUCAAGAGUAACAUUUUGAAGGCUCAAGUAGAAGCAGUGCAUAAGGUUACAAGAGAAGAUAGCUUAUUAAGUCAUAAAAAUGCCAGUGUUCAGGAUGCUACCAUAGACAGUGUUGUAUUAAAUGAGAAUAAUGUGUUCCUCUCCAAAGAUUCUCUUGCUCCGAUGUGUACCAUACCUGCAGAUAGCAAUUCUGUUCUGAAGGAUGCCACAGAUGAAUUGGAUGCCUUGCUCUUAUCUCUAACUGAGAAUCUAAUUGACCCCACAGUCACACCUCAGGUGUCUUCAACACCCAUGAUCACACCCCGGUGGAUUGUUCCACAGAGUGGUGCCAUUUCUAAUGGACUUGGAAGAUAUGGAACAUUGUUGGCAGGAAAAGAAGGACAUGGUAAUAAAGAUGAAAUUUCAUUGAUCUCUCCUCCAGCACCAUUCUUAGUAGAUGCUGUGACCAGUUCUGCUCCAACAUUGGUGGAAGACACAGUCUUGAAGCAGAAGUGUUUACUGACAACUGAGCUCUAAGGGACUGCCGCUGCCACUACCACCUAUAACUGGAAUAUCCAGUAUUCUCCAGCAGUCUGUCCUGGAAUCCGUUUCUCCUGAAAUGUGUUAGAUUCAGGAGUCUGUCCUUUACUUGUAGGUAAAAAAGCUUUACCUAGAUUAGACUCCAUGAAAAAAAAAAAAUUAGCUACGUUUUCCGUCCAACUAGAAGUUUAUUUCCACUGUGUUUCUGCCCAGAUCAGGGUAUCUGGUUUUUUACUUUCUGUAGUUUUAUUAGAGUUGGAAAUUCCUGACUCAAGGAAUUACUUCCCCCUGACCAUUUCCUUCAAACUCUUGGUUCCACCUAGCUGUUGUAAGUGUUCGUGACUUCAUAGCAAGGCUGUCUCUGGCAGUUAACAGCCUUCUAAUUGUUAGAUCCAUCUUAUCGGGGCGAGAGCUUCUUUGUGCUGAAUGCCCAUUAGAGAAAUUGCACUUUACCAUGUAUUACCUGGAAAUCAGGAAUUUAGGAAAUUGGUGAAGAUAUUAUGUAGGUAGAUUUAGGGCCAGCUCUUUCACGGUUAUUACAGUAGUACUGAAGAGAAGUUGAGAAUACAGAAGGUUUUAAAUGUCCUCCAUAUUUUUGACUUAUGGAUUGGUUAUCUAACUACUACAAAUUUACAUCAAGGUAAAAUAUAGACUUUUGAGAAGAACUAGAGGGAGAAAAAUUGUUUUCCAGCCCUGUCUUCCCACAGGAAGCACUCUCGUGCACCACAUACUUACCUUACUUUGCAGCCUGGAAGGAGCGGGUUCCUGGUUGAUAGACCCUGGGCAUUGACCUCAGGCCUCUCCUGUCCCUCCUGGGCCUGAUGGGGAAGGCAGACUAGGUUGUGAAGGCACAGCUCACCGGUACUCUGCAACAUCAGGACCUAUUUGGACAUGGCCUCCAUCUCUUUAUAAUAAAAGCUGAAAAAAUUCAGAGCUUUCACAUACUAAAACAAAAAUACCAGGAAAAAACUAGAGAACUGGGGUGGGGGCAAGAGGAUUUUUCUUUUCCUUGAAUGCCUGCUAUGUAUGAAAUUUGUCCAGCACACUGAAUGAAGUCAUACUGCAUUAGGGAGUUUGCAUUAGUUUAGAGAGUUCUCUCAAAAUUCUCACAUCCCUUUUAGCCUGUACAGAAAAAUUCUGGAUGUUAAAAUGCUAAUCAUUGAAAAGUAAUCAACAUUCCCCUAACACCCAGGAGCAACACUUAUUUAGCUUUAAAACUAUAUAGACUUAAAGGAAAGUCUUAGUUGCCUUGGGGAAUGAGGAUGAUCUAGAAACCAUCCAGGAAUGUUGUCAGUAAUCCAUUGUUAUCAAGGACUUAUAUUAAGCUGUAUGUCCUGAAAUUUGUUUUGUUUUUUAGUUCUUUGCCCUAUAAUAUAUAUGUAAUUGAGUAAAUUAGUUUUAUAAUCUUUAAAACUCCAUAGUCUGGACUCUCCUGGGCUCCUGUAGCAUAAUUAUGUGCUCAGGUUGACACAUCAGUGUCUGCGAAGCUCAGGAAUUUUUUUUUCUUUUUUAAUCUAGUAGUUUUCCAGGGAUCUGUAGAGAUUGGAAACCACUUUUUGCACAAAACAUUUUUGCUGAAGGAGAGAAAGUUGACACUCCUCGCUGGCUGCCUCCCCGUAGCUGUUUUGCUGGCAGUGCUCUUGCUGUUCUUCAGUUGCAGCUUAACCCAGGAAACAUUGGACUAGACAUCAAAUUUUCAGUGUCUUAAUAAGCCCUAUGCCCUUCAAGUUAGUAUUGUGCUGCUAUCCUCAGAGCAGCUAGAAGGGCAUUGUGGCUCAGAAGAUCGACCUCAUUUUACAUUUUCUAAAAUUUAGGAAUUAAGUAGUCGAAAAUAUAACAUUUGUCUUCAGGUACCUGUAUGCUUUCCAGUCAGAAAAUUGAUAGGGACUUUCAUUUGAAUCUUAAGUUAAAAGGAUAUUUUGCUUUGCCCUGGCAUGAAGUGGUAAACACGAAAAUAAUACUGGAAUGAUGAAUUAGCUCUGACAGAUAAAAUACCUGUCACUUAUGUUUCCUGUCACAUCUGCUGCUAAUGCUGUUCCCAGAGCUGCUAUUACAGCUCAUGCUGUUCUGCCCCCUGAGAGCUGUGGUGGUUGGGGAGGCAGGGCUGAGGAAGUCUGUGAAUGUGCAGGUAGGGAAAGGGAGGUAUCUCUCUGAGAAGAGAGAAGUACAUUGAACCAGUUGAGGAUGCUGGCCAAGAGGCUGCAGAUAACCCUGGGUAAGAAGACAACUGGUAACAAGAGGCUGAGGGGAGGAGGGCAGCCCGGGCACUGAAGGCUUUCCUGGUGGUUUGUGUCCUGUGCUACACUGGGAAUGCUGGGAACAGACUCUCUGCUGCCUACCCAGGGGGAGUGGCCAGGGGAGAAUCCUAGCCAUGUUACAGCCCUGGAGUGGGAGGGAGCAUUGACUUGCUGCUGUAAAAUAAGACAACAGAGUUGGCAGAUAAUUUGCUCUGGACUCAGCCUCCGCAUUUGCAAACUAACCUGCAAGAACUUAAUUAUGAAUAUUUGUCAGUAGCAUCUCUCUCCUCCACAGGAGGGACUCGUGGUUAUUUUAUUCCUGCUGUUCAGGAGAUACUACUAACCAAAGCAGUGAAUAGGUUCCUUGUGUGUUUAGCAUUUUUACAUUGUUUUAAGAAAAUUUAUUUUUUAAAAAUAUUUCAUAUCUUUGUCUUUAAGCUUUAUUUACUUUUGUACAACCAGCUGCCCCGUGGACAUGUAUGGAUGAGAGCCCUGAGUUGUUGCUUGGAUCUAGGCUGCUUGUUCUCUUUAUGCCCCUCAGUUUGGGUUAAAGCUUAUAUCUCUGUCUUCUCUUAGCCAGGACCUGAAAGUUAAGUCCCUUUGUCCCUUCAGAACUGUGGCUGGUGGGAUUAUUUGCCAGUUAUGUAUUGAAGAAUCUUUUGUAUUUUUCUAAGGAUCUUUAAAAGUAGAGUUCUUUGUUUUCCCUUGAGCUGGGUCCCCACAUUUGUUCUGAAAAGGGCUAGAAAUCAAUGAAUACUUGGCCAUUCAGCUCAGCUGGUGGUGCCCAAAGCAGCCCAGACAGCAGUACGAUUGAGCACAUCUGUGUUCUGUAAAGUUUAUUUCGAAAAGCUCCUGACCCCUGGUUGCCAGCUUUGAAGAAUGGCAUGAUGUCUGUCUCAGAGGCAGGCAGGUAUUGAGAGGGGUUCCGUAGUAUCACCUGCCACCUAGAGACACCCAGCGCUUCUGGACAUUCAUCCUCAUCCACUUGUGCUGCAGCCAGGCAAGAUGCAGUUGUGGGUCUCAGCAGUCUUUGUGAGAUCCACCAGUUUUUGAUUCGUCUUGCAUUUGGCCAUAUAUUUGUUUGAAAACCUGGAUACUUCUGCGGACUGAAGAAUGCACAUUUCUAGAUUAUUUGUCCCCUUUUUUUUUCCUCUUGAAAACUUAAGCCUGGUUCUUGAAUAAUCAGAAGAAGGUUAGAAAUUUUUUUCUGUUUCCUAGGAGGUUUGGAUGGUAGAAAUUUGUCCUGAGCUGAACUCAGCUGUGUUAACAUGUUGGUAGAGCUGAGAUUCUGUAGGAUCUGCAAGCCACUCCUUUACCACACUGCUCGAGAUAGCAUUCAAUCACUUCUCAGGAUUUCUCCUUAUCAGAAAGUUUUUUUUUUUUUUAAUCAGAGUCCCUUUCCCUUGGUCUUUUUAUAUUUAGGUAUAAUAGACAGUUAUGAGGACCUCACUAACUGUUUUAUGUUUACUUUUUAUAUGUGUAAAGCUCUGCAGUAGCUUUGAAACUGUAAUUUAUUUUUCUAUCGAGUGCACUAUAUUCAGUAUGUUCCAGUUUUAUAUGACUUGUAUUAGAAGCCCUGCACUGAACUGUGAGUUGUCUGUACACUGAAAUAAG